CUCCGGACUGCAAACAGGCUGACCGCAUUUGGCUCGCCAGAUCAUCGUCGGUUCAAACUGAUAGGGAUGUACCCCUAACGGAUUUUGUUCCUUCUUCCUCACCAAUCGAGAGAGCAUUAGAAUAAAUAGACAAAUGCGAAGUCCGAAAUGUCCAAACUAACGUCCGAUAAGAAUGAGCUAUUUUCCGAAGAAUCAUUACAUGCUGUCGCCAUGCUAACCUACUAAUGAAUGAGUGGAAUUCACCGGAUGCAGGUUUCUAAGUCUCCAGAACAACACUAUGCGCGGUUUUCAACCCAUUCACGUCUUUAUGUGUCUGAUCGUCAGCUUAAGAACACCCGCUCGGGCCAGCGCCGGAAGAGAAUGGUGGAUGGUGCGUAUGACGGAAAUGGACAAGCGGAUGCUUCCGGCGCAAUCAAUAACAGCUUCUUGCACAGCAGAUUGUGGUGUUUGGUGUACGGAAGAUCCGACCUGUACCACUUUUUCUUACGGUGAGAUCGUCAGAAUGUGCAUGCUGUACCCAGAGUUGCUCCGCCCUUACGACGUCAGUAUAACCUUGCAUCAGGCAGACUUUUUGACCUUUAAUGUAUUCCAAGUUUCAGAAAAGUCCACUUACCCAGCAGGGUACAGGAAGACGAGCAUUCCCGAUUUCGUGAUCCGCUUUCACUACUACUGGGAACUGAACUGGUCCAGUGCAAGUCUCGUGUGUCAGCAGGAAGGUGGACGAUUGGUUAUGGCCAACACCGAGGAGAAACGCGAACUCCUCGCCCGCAAAAUAGCACACAGUCGAGAUCUGAGGAUUCGUGACGAUAAUGGAUUUUACGUCGGAGCUUACGCUAUUUCCGGUUCCGAUUUUUCUUGGCUGGACGGUAACGAUACACCGGUGGACCAUUCCGCCUGGGCUUCCGGAAAACCGGACGGAAGCGGAAACUGCACGGUAUUGUUGCCGACCGAGUCAUUCAAACUAGCAGAUGAAAACUGUGACGUCCAGCGGCCAUACAUCUGUGAACUCAUGUGAUGUAAUCGGUGAUUCAGUCUGAUUCGACUGUGACGUCAUUGAUAGUCCGAUCCUAUUACAAUGUAGUCAGUUAUACAGUCUGAUUCUACGGUGACGUAGUCGGCGAUAGUCUGGUUCUACUGUGACGUAGUCAGCGAUACAAUUUGAUUCUACUGUGACGUAGUCAACAAUACAGACUGAUCUUACUGUGAGGUAGUCAGCGAUACAGUUAGAUUCUACCGUGACGUAGUCCAAAAUAUGUUCUACACUGACGUAGUCCGAGAUACAUACGGAUUUUAAUUUACUAACAUUUCUACUAUGUAACUUAGAAAUAAAAAAGCUGAUAUAGAAUUCAAUUAAACAUCAUUGUGCAAACAACUGAACCAGCUUACAAGUACGCACAUAUAUAGUGGUUAACCAAAUGUGUAUAAUAAUAUAUUCACAAUUACAUGGCCCCACUCCAACUCUACCCCCACCCCCUUCUACCAAAUACAUUUAUUUCGUCCAUGGACGAACUGUACGU